ACUGAACAAGCAGUUAUGUCACCUGUACCACUGUACAAUGUAUUAGUUCAAAAUCAACCUUUUUCCCCCUGUGUUGUUUUUCCAUCAGUGGGCGAAGGUCGAAAUCUGAUCCCCAUGGACCCCAACGGCUCAUCUGACCCUUACGUCAAGCUCAAGCUCAUCCCAGACCCCAAGAAUGAGACCAAGAAGAAGACCAAGACCAUCCGCGCCAACCUCAACCCCACCUGGAAUGAGUCUUUCAUAUUCAAGCUGAAGCCUACAGACAAGGACCGCAGGCUGUCUGUGGAGGUGUGGGACUGGGACCGGACCACCAGGAACGACUUCAUGGGCUCCCUGUCCUUCGGCGUGUCAGAGCUGAUCAAAUCGCCUGUGUGUGGCUGGUACAAGAUGUUGAACCAAGAGGAGGGCGAGUACUACAACGUGCCCAUCUCAGAGGAGGAUGACGGAAACGAGGAGCUCAGACAGAAGUUUGAGGAUUGCCAAAUUAACUAUCACUUCCUAAAGAAAGCCAAGCUGGGCCCUGGUACUAAGAAGGUGAUCGCUCCAUCAGAUGACAGCAGGUCUAAUCUGCCCUUUAACAACCUGGACUCUGUCAAACUCACCGACUUCAACUUCCUGGCCGUGCUGGGGAAAGGCAGCUUCGGCAAGGUGAUUCUGGCAGAGAUGAAGCCCACAGAGGAGCUGUACGCCAUCAAGAUCCUGAAGAAGGACGUGGUGAUCCAGGAUGAUGAUGUGGAGUGUACCAUGAUAGAGAAGAGAGUCCUGGCCCAGCAGGACAAACCACCCUUCCUCACCUCACUCCACUCCUGCUUCCAGACCGUGGACCGGCUGUACUUUGUCAUGGAGUAUGUGAAUGGGGGAGACCUCAUGUACCACAUCCAACAAGCGGGCAAAUUCAAAGAGCCACAGGCAGUGUUCUAUGCAGCAGAGAUCUCUGUUGGCCUGUUCUUCCUGCACAAGAAAGGAAUCAUUUACAGGGAUCUGAAGCUGGACAACGUGAUGCUGGACUCGGAGGGCCACAUUAAGAUCGCUGACUUUGGCAUGUGUAAAGAGAACAUAUACGAGGGAGUGACCACUCGCACCUUCUGUGGGACGCCCGACUACAUCGCCCCAGAGAUUAUUGCAUACCAGCCAUACGGGCUAUCAGUGGAUUGGUGGGCAUACGGAGUGCUGCUCUACGAAAUGUUGGCAGGACAGCCCCCGUUUGAUGGUGAGGACGAGGACGAGCUCUUCCAGUCCAUCAUGGAGCACAACGUGUCGUACCCCAAGCAAAUGUCCAAAGAGGCCGUGUCCAUCUGCAAAGGGCUGAUGACCAAACACCCGUCGAAGCGUCUGGGCUGUGGCUCCGAGGGCGAGAGGGACAUCCGGGAGCACGCCUUCUUCAGACGCAUCGACUGGGAACGUCUCCAGAACCGCGAGAUCCAACCCCCCUUCAAGCCCAAAGGGUGCGGAAAAGGGGCGGAGAACUUCGACAAGUUCUUCACGCGCACCCAGCCCCAGCUCACGCCGCCCGACCAGCUGGUCAUCGCCAACAUCGACCAAGCUGACUUCUCAGGCUUCUCCUUCAUCAACCCCCAGUUCAUGCAUCCCUCCCUGGUCUCCCUGCACACCGUAUGAGGAGGAGGAAGGGGGGGGGG